AUGGCAGACUCUGGAAAGACAACCUUCAGCUCUGAGGAGGAAGAAGCUCACUACUGGAAAGACCUGGCCAUGACCUACAAGCAGAGGGCGGAGAACACUCAAGAAGAGCUGCGAGAAUUCCAGGAAGGGAGCCGAGAAUAUGAAGCUGAGCUGGAGACACAGCUGCAACAAAUUGAAACCAGGAACCGGGACCUUCUGUCGGAGAAUAACCGCCUGCGCAUGGAGCUAGAAGCCAUCAAGGAGAAGUUUGAAAUGCAGCACUCAGAAGGCUACCGGCAGAUCUCCGCGUUGGAGGAUGACCUUGCACAGACGAAAGCAAUUAAAGACCAGUUCCAGAAAUACAUCCGCGAGCUGGAGCAGGCCAACGAUGACUUGGAGAGAGCAAAACGAGCCACAAUCAUGUCGCUGGAAGACUUCGAGCAGCGCUUGAAUCAAGCUAUUGAGAGAAAUGCCUUCCUGGAGAGUGAGCUGGAUGAGAAGGAGAACCUCCUGGAAUCUGUCCAGCGGCUGAAGGAUGAAGCCAGAGACUUGCGGCAGGAAUUGGCCGUGCAGCAGAAGCAGGAGAAGCCCCGGACUGCCAUGCCGAGUGUGGUGGAAGCGGAAAGGACAGACAUUGCUGUCCAGGCCACAGGCUCGGUGCCCUCCACGCCCACAGCUCAUCGAGGACCCGGCUCCAACAUAAACACGCCCGGGACCUUCAGACGUGGUGUGGACGACUCUGCUGGCGGGACCCCUCUCACACCUGCGGCCCGGAUAUCUGCCCUCAACAUCGUGGGAGACCUGCUGCGGAAAGUGGGGGCGCUGGAAUCCAAACUUGCCUCCUGCCGCAAUUUUGUGUACGACCAGUCUCCAAACCGGACAAGUGGUCCACCGUCUGGGCGGGGCAGCAAGAGCCGAGACGGCAGUGACAGACGGGCCAGCAGUGCCAGCGUGCCUUUGGGGGAUAAAGGGUUGGGAAAACGCCUGGAAUUUGGGAAGUCGCCUUCAAAUAAUUCCUCGCCGUCGCUGCCGUCUACCCAGGGGGUAGUCAAGAUGUUGCUCUAG